UUAUAAAAGGCGCCACUAACGCUGGUACACGCAGUUUGGUGGCCCUGACUGGCAUUUGCUUGAAACCCACUAAUGGGGCAUGAGCCAUAAUAGCGAAGAAGAAGAUUUACAGGACGGAAAAGCUAUUACAGUGAUUACACAUUUUCUUAUGGCCUUGGUCGCUCGGUCUUUUCUCUGAUGAAAAUACAAUAUAACCCCGAUAUAAAUACUCAGAUUGGCGUAUGGACUAACAGAGUAAGUCUACAGACCCAUAAUUGCAAAGAAGAAGAAGAAGAAGAUACAACCACCAUGACGACUGCGCUGUAUUUAGAACAUUAUCUUGACAGUCUUGAGCAUUUACCAAUUGAAUUGCAACGAAAUUUUACUUUGAUGAGAGAUUUAGAUGCUAGAGCUCAAGGAUUGAUGAAAGAUAUUGACAAGCUAGCAGAUGAGUUCUUGAAGAAUGCAAAGAAUAAAGACUCAUCAACAGAAGCAAAAGAAAAAAAGAAAGAGGAGCUUUCUCAUAUUCAACAUCUCUUUAACAAGGCUAAAGAAUAUGGAGACGACAAGGUUCAAUUAGCUAUUCAAACUUAUGAAUUAGUUGAUAAGCAUAUUAGACGAUUGGAUUCAGAUCUGGUAAGAUUUGAGGCAGAAAUACAGGAUAUGACAAUAAAUAGCAGUAGAGCUAUAGAGGAGAGCAAUGCCAGCAAAAAGGGUAGAAAGAAACUUAAAGAAAAAGAAAAGAGAAAAAAAGGCAAUACAGCUAGCAGUGAUGACGAAGGCAAAAAUGCAAGGAAAAAACAAAAAAAAGGUGGCUCUGUGGCUUCAGCAUCCUCGACUAGUGCUACUGCUGGUGGUGUUCAAGUAGAUUCGACAGCACUUGGACACCCAGCCGACGUCUUAGAUAUGCCGGUUGAUCCUAAUGAACCAACUUACUGUCUAUGUCAUCAAGUAUCAUAUGGAGAAAUGAUUGGUUGUGAUAAUCCAGAUUGCCCUAUUGAGUGGUUCCACUUCGCCUGUGUAGGUUUAACUACAAAACCUAAAGGAAAGUGGUAUUGUCCCAAAUGUACAUUAGAUCGUAAAAAGAAGUAAACUUUCUAUAGGAAAAUCAGAAGCGGUUCGUAUAGCGAUAUUAAAAACAACUGUACAUUAUUUCUAAAAUUACGAUGUAACAUUUUAUAUUGAAGAAUGCAAAAGAAUGCGUUGUGUAAACACCAUGUGUAAAUAAUAUAACUAUAUUUGCUGCAAACAAUAAAGUUUAUUUGUGAGUAUAUUAACAAAAAGUGGAGAGUGUAAAUAAUUCCUUUAAGAAAGAUCGCGUCACUUUCUCUAAUAAGAUGGGAUAUAGUUAAAGCUAGUAAACUUCUUGCAAGAGGAGUGUAAAAAUGUUGUAUCUUUACGUAUUAACUCUUUCGUUAUGGCUGUAUAAAUAUGUGUAAUUUAUAAAAUAAUUUAAAUGUUAAUUAAAAACCGAAUUAAUGCAAAAUAAAACAAGCGCCAACUUUAGUUCAACUUGUUAUGUGAAUGCCAAUUAUAAUCGGCGCUCGUAAACAUAGGUUUUUGCAUAAAUGUCGAUUAAGAACCUCUCAACCGUUGAGUUGUCUGAACGCAUCCAUUUACUCACCGUGUAUACCAAAAGAAACAAAAAAUAUGCGUUCAAAGACGCGACGUUGGUGCAUUUAAUCCGUCGUACGGAUGCCGAGCGAAUGUUUUCACAUUGUUACAUUGUUGUCAAGCGUUACAUUCAGUCUAUACGUAUACGUCUAUGAUGACAGUUUACUAAUUUUGAGUACAAUAGAACAGCAUUUUGAUAUAUUUAUCACAGCCUUAAAACAGUUUUAUUAUACAUAAUUUAUAUAUUUAUAGAAAGAGAGGAAUAUUAUGUUACACGUUGUGUCUCAGAAUUAGCGAACACAAUUUUAAGAAUAGCUUUCUCAGACAACUUAGAGAUAAAAGUAGUUUGAAUUGAUCGUCAUACAAGAAUCUAGUCUGUGAAUUUAUUUGUUAUUUAUGUUGCCCUUAUAUUCUGUGCUUGGCUCGAAUUUUUUUUUU